AAUGUCUCCGGCCGGAGAUUUUCAGACUCUUCUGGAAAAGAAUAUAAACUGAAGAUCGUAACGACACAGAGUUUCAUGAUUAUACUUUAUCCUGCAAAAAUACCGCGUCUUUCGUCCAUCAUUACCUAGAGCAUUCUUUCCUUAUUACACACAAACGCUUACAAAAACACUACACCACUUAGAGGAUGAGGGCGACGAUCUACGACGCUCUCAUCAUCGGUGGCGGCCCUGCUGGCCUGGCUAUCGCCACCGGCCUUGCCCGCCAACUGUACACUGCCGUCGUUCUCGACUCCGGAUCGUAUCGGAAUGAGCGAGCAACGCACAUGCACAACGUCCUGGGGUUCGACCACGUGGACCCGGCCGAGUUCCGGGCCAAGGCCAAGGCUGACCUGCUGAGGCGCUAUGAGACCAUCGAGUUCAAGUCUGCGACCGUCGAGUCGGUCCGGAAAUUGGACACGGGCGUGUUCGAGGCCGUUGAUAGCAAAGGCGCUGUGUACCAGGGUAAGAAGCUGGGCUUGGGAACGGGCAUUUGGGAUGUGAUGGAGGGUCAACCCGAAGGGUAUGAGGAGUGCUGGGGGCGUGGCAUAUUCCAUUGUCUCUUCUGCCACGGCUUUGAAGAGCGUGGUGCCGAGUCAGCUGGCGUUCUUGCUGGAGGCUUCCUGAACGCACCCGAAAUGCUCCUCCAUAUCGCCCCGAUGGCCAAGCGCCUCGCAAAGAGUGUCACCGUUUACACCAACGACAACGAGGCGCUGCAUGCCGAUGUACAAGGAAAGCUUCACAGCACCAAGAUAAACUUUGACAACCGCAAGAUUACCCGCUUCCAGCUCAAGGACGGCGGCCCCGAGGUGACGAUUCACUUCGAGGACGGCACAACCAAGAUGGAAGGGUUCAUCGCCAACCACCCUAGUAUCGCGCAGAAGGCGCCAUUCAUCGAAGAGCUGGGGCUGGAGUGCUUGCCGUCGGGAGACAUCAAAGUCAACGAUCCGUUUGGGGAGACCAGUGUGCAGGGGUGCUUUGCCGCUGGGGACGCGGCCACGAUGAAGAGGGCGGUCGUGCAAGCCCAGGCCAUGGGGGCCUUUGUGGCGGCGGGGAUUGCGACCCAGUUGCAGAUGGAGUUGGAUGCCAAGGAUGAAGGGGAAGUGUUUCUUCUUGUUAUUUGGAAUCAUGUCUCACCUCGGGAAGGUUUCGAUAUCUCAAACUUGGCCCCAUCUUCGACCUUUCUCACAUGCUUGUAUAUCUUCAAGAAUAGGGAGUUCAUGGCCGUGAAUGACCUGACGAUACACGUCCUGGCUCCGGGCCGCAAGCGCAUCGCAAUAUCCUCUCACAGCGCUCAUGUGUCCGAAUCAAAGUUUCUUGUGGCUUUAUUCAGCCUCCUCGCCGUCGGUUCGGCGAGGAAGUGCAAGGAUAUCAUGAUCCCUGUUUCGUUAUCUGCUGAAAACGCCGUAUUUGACAUCGAAGCGCCUGUGAGCAAGAUCGAGGUCACAUCACUCUUCUUGAACAUGGCUCAGCAGGGGCGGGAUUACGCCACGCUCAAGCAGACUGGAGUCAAGAAGAUUUCUGGUAACUACAAACUUGCGGCAACCUACUGCGAGCCCGACAAUGGACCCGGGAAAGAGCUGCAAAUCAUGACCCAUGGCGUUGGGUUCGACCGCCGAUACUGGGAUUUUCCUCACAACAACUACAACUACAGCUAUGUGGAGAAGGCGGUUGACCAGCAUGGAUAUUCUACUCUCACCUGGGACCGAUUGGGCAUCGGGGCUUCGUCGAAGGGCCACCCCAUCGAUGAGAUUCAAGUGUUCCUGGAACUUGCUGCUCUCCGUGAGUUGACGAGAAAAGCGACCAGCGGGGAAAUUGCUGGAGCUCACACCACAUUUGACCGGGUUAUACACAUUGGCCACUCGUUUGGAUCCGUCAUGACCUAUGCGCUGGCAAACAUGUACCCCGAAAUGACCGACGCCAUCGUCCUGACUGGGUUUUCUCACAUCUUCUCAUUCAUCCCUCAAUUUCUCCUCGGAAACAACUAUAUCCCCGUCAAGGAUUCGCCCCUACUGGCUGGCCAGUAUCCGGAAGGCUAUGUUGUGUCGGCUUCCACGACGAGCAUGUACAUCAACUUCUUCUCCGACGGGGACUUUGACCCUGUGAUGCUGAACCUUUCCUACUUGAUGGGGCAGCCCGCCGCUCCGGCCGAACUGCUCACCGUGGGCGCGCCCGUCACGGUCAAGAGCGCGUACACCGGCCCCGUGCUGGUCAUUACCGGCGAGCGCGACCUCCCCUUUUGCGGAAGUGACUGCUAUGCGACCGCCGGCGUUGACAAGGACCUCCCGUCUCUGCUUCAUGCCUCCAAGGAGUAUUUCCCUCACGCAUCCCGGUUCAAUGCUACUGUUGUGCCUGGCGCGGGCCAUGGAUUGAACUACGGGUACUCGCACACGUUUACUUUUAAUUCCAUCCUUGAUUUUCUUUCCGAAUAAGCCGGAAGUCGUGGGGGCGAGUUGGAAAUUUGAUACAUUAGAUGCGAGCGCCAGGUAUGCCUUUACCUUUACAACCGAUUUGCCUGGUCGCCAUUGAAGAGCCAAGCU